AUGAUCCGCAGCGUCAAUCAGUCAAUCUUUCGACCAACUCGUAUCAUUCCUUCUGAUAACUACAAGUUUAUCCCAUCGCUUUUCGGAGUCCUCCAUGGUCAUAUCUUGGCAAUAGGGCUCAAUUGUGCCGUUAUGUUCAAGCGCUCCUUCGUAUCCAAGGACCGGGCGGGGAAAACCGUCAAGGUUGUCAAGAAGCAAUACGACGAGCUGGUAAAGGAGAAGAUGAAGCAGAAAGCAGAAAGUCCCUCAAUGGGAAGUCCUCUGACCAGCCCUAUCAUCACGAUGAUUGUUGGCCGCGAUCAACGUCUCUUUGCCGCCCACGAAGACGUCCUGUCUGCGUCGCCGUUCUUCAGCACUGCUCUAAAGGAUCAGUUCCAGGAAGACGGUACAAAGCAACUAACCUUGACUGACGAACAACCCGAGAUUCUAUCGUGCAUUCUUGAGUUUCUGUACAAGGGCGAUUACUUCCCUCGCUUGUUGCAUGGCAAGGGUAGAAAUUCCCGGUCGCUCGAGAAUGCCCAGGAUAUCAAUCAAACCGGUGGCCGUGGGUCGAGCGAGGCGACAAUGUUCCACUCCGGAGUGGGAGAUCUCGUGCUCCGAGACACGGCGGUGUACUGUGCUGCUGACAAGUACGGCUUGGAAGAACUCAAGCGUCUUGCCCUGCGAAAGCAGGGUCUCCAGAGUGGCAUUCCAGUCGACGUGAUCUUGCGCUCUGCUCGAUAUGCAUAUGACAACACCCCUGAGUCUGAUUCUCGACUGCGGGCUCAUUACCUGGCUCUUAUUAUCCGCAGUCGCAAGACCUUUAAGAGCAGCGGUACUUUGCAGAUGGAGAUGGAAGAAGGAGGCAAGUUGUUCUUCGAUCUGUUUGUUGCAAUGUGCAACCACAUGGACGACAUCGCGGAGCUGCGGUACGAUCCCAAUUCUCCUUUCUCCUCGCCUUCGAUUCCUUCAUGUCCCUCUUUUACUGCUGACUAUUCCUUCGAACUCGAGCCUUAA